GGAGUAAACCAUGCUAUCACUGAAUGUGAAACCUUUUUCUCAGGGCUUUCUGAUCUGUUCCGGCUUCAGCUGCUGACUCACAUGCCGUUAACUUCUGGCUAAAAAUGUCCCGCACAACCAGAAAGUAGCAAGGAGACUCCGGAACUCUCCUCUGACUCCGACAGCCUCCGCUUCAGCAGGGGCGCUGUUCGCUCUCUCCGCACCGCGCUCCUCGACUCGGAACUCGCAGCGUGUUUACGUUCCUGCUGGCUCUCUUUGUCCCGGAGGCUCCCGGCAGGGAGAAGCCGCAGAAUGUGCACCGUGCAGCUGCUGCGAGUGUCGGUCCACGAGCGGAUCAGCGCCGCCGCCGAAGACUUGUUGCUGCGGCUGGAGAAGGGAGAAGAAGCAGCCGAGCUCCCGACGAUGAGAGCGCUGCUGACCGAGCGGCUGACGGUGGCCGCGGAGGAGAUCGUCGCUCUGUUGGAGGAGACCGUGGCGGAGUACCAGGACAGAGUAGAGCGCUCGGAGCGGGAGAUCUGCCGUCAGAGGAGGCUGCUCGAUGCCGUGCUCAAGCCCGAAGUCCGGCUGCAAGCGGCAGGAAAUACCUCCAUUGUGCAAACAGCCAGUCAGAGGACAGCUGAGAUUAAGGUGACUGUGCAGUGUGCAGAUCCUCUGCAGUCAGUGACGCUGUAUGACCCAAACGACCCCACAGACCAGGAUCCCUCCGAUCCAGAGGAGCACGAUGGCAGCAACGUUUCCUGUCCAUCAUCACCUCCUUCGCCCUCGCCAUCCUACCACCCACCCCUCUCUGAGAGCAGCGACGGAGACCCGGACAGUGACUGGAUUGAACAUAGGCGGACUCUCAGACCUCUGAGGAGGAAGAAGCGUAGCCGUCCGGCGCUCAGUGUCACAAGCAACCGGAGGCGCUCGAGUCUGGCUCAGAGCUUCAGCUGCCACGUGUGUGACCGGGCACUGCAAGGGAAAGGCUUCCUACUCAAACACGUCCUGCAUACCUGUGCCAGCAACCCAGACUUUCGCUGCGGUUACUGUGGGGAAUGCCUGGACUCUGCCGAUGGCCUGAAGGCUCAUCUGCAGAUGCACCAGGACAAAAGCAAAACAUGCUCCUUCUGCGGGAAAACCUUCCAUUCCAUCCUGGCCCAGGAAAUGCAUGUGCGGUUGCACACAGGAGAGAAACCGUACAGCUGCAACUUCUGCGGCAAGAAGUUCAGUCAGAAGGGCAACCUGACAUCACACCUGCGUGUCCACGCAGAAGAGAAAGCCUUCAAAUGUAAAGAGUGCAGCCGUGCCUUCUGUCACAUGAGCUCUUUGGAGCGCCACAUGGAGGAGCACAGGAGCUCAGCAGUGCACACCUGCAGUGUCUGCGGUGAGGAGUUCAGUAAACGGAACAGUCUGCGGCAACACAUGGCAACUCAUCAGAAGAACGACAGCCUCAGAAUUAAGACGAACCGCACUUCAAUACCGUCCUUCCGCUGCAAAGUUUGCAGUGACACCUUUGAUAGGAAGACCCUGUUAGUGAAACACGUGGCGACUCACCUGCAAGACACGGACUGCCGCUGUGGACUCUGCGGACACCAUUAUGAGUCCUCUGACAGCCUUGCUGCCCACCUGCGCUCUCACCGCGAGGCUGGCGGCACCUGCAGCAUCUGCGGGAAGUGCUUCCCGGGCCAAUCGGCGCUGCAGAUGCACCUGAGGAUCCACACUGGGGAGAAACCCUACAGCUGCAGCUUCUGUGGGAAGGCUUUCAACCAGAGUGGCAACCUGAAGACACACCUGAAAAUCCACACGGGUGAGCGGGCGUUCUCCUGCAGCCUGUGUGGGAAAGGCUUCACCCAAAAACAGACCCUGGACACACAUGUCCGCUUUCACAACAAGGAGCGCCGCUUCCUGUGCCAGGUAUGCGGGAAGGGCUUCAUGCAGGAUGUGGACCUUAAGAGACAUAUGCUGAUCCAUACCGGGGAGAAACCAUACGCCUGUAGGGUCUGUGGGAAAAGUUUCCAGGCCAAACGCUCGCUUAAUGGGCACCUUAAAGUGCAUUUAGCUGGCCAGGAGGACUCGAGGCCAGAGCCGCAGAGGACAGCAGAGGACAGCUUCUACUCAGGAUUCACGCAGUUGUAGUACCACAGCACCUCCCCAUUAUUCAUAAUAGCACAGAACACUACAGUUGACAGGAAGUUUCUGACAAAAUGGAAUCUCUAUAAAGUUGGUCAUGUUUUCAUAAUGGUAGUGGUACCACCUUCACUGACUGUACCCCUGUCGUGUCCAUCUGUCUCCCUCUCAUUCACACACAUGCAUUUUGUUUUCCUCUUACUGGCUCCUCUUUUCUCCAGAGCAUACCUCCACCUCUCCAUGCUCUCCUCCACCUACUCACUACAGAUCACGGCGUCAUCUGUAAACAUCGCAGUCCACAGACCUUAUCUCUCAGUCGGUCCUUCACCACAGUAAACAAGAGGGGCUCAGAGCAUACCUGAUGUAAUCCCACCUCCACCUUUAACCGCCCUGUCACUCCUACCACUCAAUUCACCACUGUCUCUGUCCUCAUACAUGUCCUGCACCACCAUCACAGACUUCUCUGCCACUCCUUACUUACCGCAGUUCCUCUCUGAACUGCUAAUCAUCUGAUCCCUCUGACCCACAAAGACACAGUGAAGCUCCUUUUGACCUUCUUUAAACUUCCUCAUCAACACUCUCAAGGCAAACAUCACAUUCACUAACUGUCAUCCUUUCUCAUUUUCUUCAUUCAUCAUCUCCUCCAUGUACUGCUUACAUCACAUCACACCCUCUUCACUUGUUAUUACAUUUCAGUCCUUGAAACAGCUUGGUCUCUAUGUCUAGCCAGUCUCCUUCCUUGGUGUCCAGUCUCACAUACAGGUCACAAUAAGCUUUUUCUACCAUUGCUGUCCACUGAGCCUGUGUACUUCUGUCUACUUUUUUCAAUCAACCCACUUUUUCUUUGCUAACCUCUCCUGUAGUUCCUCAUUCCUCCACUAAGUCUCCUUGUCCUCUUUCCUCUCACUACUCAGUCCUCUGUUAACUCUACCUGCCACCGAAAGCUUGUUUCACCUCCUCCGUGAACUCUGUACAACGUUUAUUUUUCUACAACUUCCACCAUUUAAUCUUUGCCUCUACCUUUGCUCAAUUCCACUGCUUUUUUUUUUCAAACUUUAUUUUUUUUCUUUAGAAAUACACAGUGCAUCUUGCUCCUUUAUACAUGCACAUAUAUACACACAUACUGUACACAUACACCCACACCUACAUACAUAUACACACACCUUCAAAUACCUACAUACAUACAAACUUUGCAUAUUGUUGUAUGUGUCUACACAAGUGCCCAUUCAGCACAAAAUGGAGAAAAGUCCAGUUGAGCACUAAACAAGGUCCCGGAAAUAAAGUUAAAUGAAAAGAGA